UUCUUAUAAUCCACAAGCGCUGCUCUACGAGCCCAGGUCCCUCGAUUGACCUGUACACUGACAGCGCUGAUAUUUUCGACGUAGCUGCAUGAUGGAAGUCAAAAUCGCUUCAGAUGAGAGCGCAAGCGCAGGCGCAACCGCCACGUCAAGCAGGUCGCGAAUCUCUCCAGCCCCGAAAAACCUGACCCAAUUCUUUCAAACGGCGGCGCAACUGGCGCCAGAUACCCCAUUCUGCAGAUGGCCAACUAGCAGAGCGUUGGAUCCUUCGGAGGCCACUUUCGUGGACAUUACAUACGAACAAAUCGCGCGGCUCGCUCAGCAUGUUGGCACUUACAUCUCCAAGAAAUACAACCCGCGUGUCGUUGCCAUCAUCGCUCCGAACUCACCAGCGGUCGUCGUGAGCUUUGCUAGCGUGACGUUUGCGGGUGCGAUAUUUGCCCCCGUACCGCACAACACCACCCACGAAGUUAUGGCAGGUAUGAUAGAGGUGGUACAAGCAGACCUCAUCAUCGUUUCUUCUGAUGUCCGACCACGCUUGUCCGAGGCUCUCAAGGAGACGGCCGUGUCCUUCAACGAGCUGUACACUCAAGCACUUCAGACGCCAAUCUCCGACGCGCCGUCCAGCUGGUUCUCCCAGCUUGCCACUCGAGCGGCGGACGAUUUGAUGAAAAGGCGAAGAGAGGACGCUGAUCAGCUUGGACAAGAAGCCACGGCGCCGGGAGAAGCAGCCAGUAUGGACUCCACAGCUGUAUACCUUUUCACUUCUGCGGCUGUGACUGCUCGGUCUUUGAAAUGUGCUUCUAUUCCUCACGGCGCUUUGACGGACUCCACAGCUGCUCAAGCAGAAGCAUUCGAGCUGGGCACUCAGCCUGGUCGCCACAGCAUUGUAGCUUGGGCUCCCUUGUCCCACGCCAUGGGAUUAUGCUCGACAUUGUUAUCUUGGACCGGCGCAUCGCUUGGCUCUUACGUCUUUGCCGCACCUGCAGAUGGGAUAGCUAAUGUGCCAGAUCUUUCGCUCAGCGACGCAAUCGCGCUCAGACUCCGUCAAUCGCAAGCGUCGCUUUUGGAAGCUACUCCCAUGAUCGUGGAUGAUGUGGCGGCUGACCCGAGCCUCACCGCUUUCUUGGCCCAGCGCAGAGUCAAGAUCCUUUCUGCUGGCGCCCCUCUCGGCGUGCAUCACAUUGCUUGGGCAAUGCACCAACGCAUUCACCUCAUUGAUGGUCCAGGGUCGACCGAGGCUUCUGGAUAUUGGGGCAGCGGUCGAAACCUGGCCGAAGCUGCCCAAGAAUUUCCACAAAUCGCCCGCCAGCUUCAAAGCGACAUUGCGAGCGUAUCGCAAGAAAGCCUUCGCGUGAUUCGAGCUGUGAAAAUCCGAAAGGGUCUUUCCGCUCAUCUCGACGAAAGCAGUGGAGAGCUGGUUCUCAUCGGCUCCAGUCGCUCUCUCGGCGCCACUGGCUACCUCAAUCGCCCUACGAGCAGCCUGCGCUUGGUGCGCGCGCCUUCCGAUGGGAACGCUGGCUUGGUCGAGUACCGCACUGGUGACAUUUGCUGCAGAGUCGCGUGGGAGACAGACGGGGAGGAGCGAUUCGCGUAUGUUUGUCGCAACGACGACUUGAUCGUGUUGCAGGGUGGCGAAAAAGUCUCUGCGAUUGAUUGGGAACACAUUUUGAGCGCACAAAGAGGCGUCAGACGAGCGUGCGUCGUAGGGGAUGCCAUGCCUCGAGAAGAAGACGGGUACGCUGCAGGUGGACCGAGCUCAGCCUUGUUCGCAAUCAUGGAGAUGGAGGAUCAAACGUGUCGCGUUGCUGCUCAUGGUAGAGCGAUCCAAGCACUUCUGGCGGCUAAUCAGAACUUCUCUCCCGAAGCUCGCAUCCCGCCUGCGAACAUCAUCAUUCUUCCCUCUGGCGAGAGUGUCCCGCUGACGCCUAAACGAAGCAUUUGGCGAAAAAUGGUAUGGAAGACGUUCGCUGGUCAGCUUCAAGUCCGUGCCAAGGCAUCCCUACCCACAGCCAUCGAAUCGAGGCAUCGAAAGUCGGAGGGACAGAAUUACGUCCGCCAGACGCUCCACAGGAUUGCUAGCGUCACGUUUGGAUUAAAUCCAGAGCUAGAUUCAGCUAGCUCUUCCUCUAAUCUCGCGACCACGCCAUUGUCAGCGCUGGGACUCAAUUCUUUGAGUGCUCGCAAAAUGGCCGCUUUAGUGUUGGAGCAAUUGGACAUCACCGUGCAACCGGGCACCAUCUACGCCUGCCGGACUCUAGAAGAGCUAUGUGGAGUGAUCGAAAAGAUGAUCAGCAAGCCGACCGAUACCCAUUCGCCUGUGCGCACCUCUGCAAAGAUCUCUGACGGAAGAAAUGUCCAGCGCGUGAUGAUCUGCGGCAUGUCCUGUCGACUGCCGGGGGGCAUCGACACGAUCGACCAGCUCUGGGAUCGUCUUCUGAACGGCAGGGCAAGCUCAGAAGCCGAAAAGCGACCACAGGAACGAUGGAGCAACACUUCUCUGGAUUGUGUCGAGCUGUCCUCCAAGCUUCAUCGUGCACAUUGGUUGAGAAAUGAGCUAUGCACUCACUUUGAUUCUUGGCAAUUUGGCAUGCCUGCAGCAGAGACUGACCGCACGCCACCCGCAAAUCGUCUACUGCUUCGUUGCGCUUUGGAGGCACUAGAAAAUGCAAACAUGAAGCCAGAAGAUCUUCGAGGAGCCGAUGUAGGCGUCUGGAUGAGCGCUCAAGAACCCAGCGGUUUCAAGUCUCUGCUUGGCGAAAUGACAGGAAAGCCCGAGUCCGUGUGGGAUCGAAAUUACGCUGCAAAUAUGGCAGAUUCGGCGUGUGCUGGUCAUAUCAGCCACUUUUUCGAUCUUCGUGGUCCUGCUGUGAUGACCCAAACCGCAUGUUCAAGCUCUGCUGUGGCUUUACACCAAGCGCGCAAUGCGAUUUUGCAGGGCGAAUGUGACGUAGCUCUUGUCGGCGCAGCCGCAAUCGAUGUGUGGCCAGGAGGACUGCUGGCCUUGGAACAAUGUGGUCUACUCUCGAAAGCCGGAGCUUGUCUCUCCUUUUCACAGCGAGCGGACGGCUUCAGUCCCUCCGAAGGAGUCGGCAUGAUCGUCUUAGUCGCCCAGAAGUAUGCUCGAGAACAUGACUUGCACAUCCUCGGCUCGAUCGCUGCUUCGGCUGUUCGACACGAUGGAGCUACUGCUGGCAUGGGAACACCCAGUGCUGAAUGCCAGGAGCAACUCACCCGGAUGAAUCUCCGGAGCAUGGACGUACACCCGGGGGACAUUACUGCGGUUGAGACUCACGGUACGGGAACCAUUAUCGGUGAUGGAAUGGCUUCAUAGCCUUUCAGAAGUUUUCUCUCGUGGCAAUCGUGCCCACCCACUACUCCUGGGAGCGUCCAAGUCAAGACUUGGGCACACUCAGGAAGCUGCGGGGAUAUUUGGUGUCAUGCAAGCCCUUUUGAGCUUGCAACAUGGUGCUUGGCCAGCCCUUGGUCACACUGAUCCACUUGUUCAGCUUCAAACUCAAAAUCUGACGUUCGCACAACA